AUGUUAACACCAGAGUGUAUGUAAUACCUUAUCACAUGUUAACACCAGAGUGUGUAAUACCUUAUCACAUGUUAACACCAGUGUGUAUGUAAUACCUUAUCACAUGUUAACACCAGAGUGUAUGUAAUACCUUAUCACAUGUUAACACUAGAGUGUAUGUAAUACCUUAUCACAUGUUAACACCAGAGUAUGUAACACCUGUAUUAAAUGUGUCUCUCCUGCUCCACCAGGUUAUGAGAACUAUCUCUACAUCAUGAUCGUUGUUCCCAUGGUAGCAGUCCUGAUCAUCUGUCUACUGGCCACAUUCACCAUCUUCAACAGGAAGAAGUAAGACUGUCUGUCUGUCUGUCCCUGUCUACGUCAGUCCUAAAACCAGGCAGCGACAGCGUCAUUGAGCUGAACGUGGCUGUAGUGUGGUUAUAUAUAGUGUGUGUGUGGUAGCAGAGAGGUGUGUUUUCACUCUGAGAUGUUUAAUACCACUUCUGUAAUAGAAAGCUGUUUUUCACACUUUAAUACAGAGGGUUGGAAGGUUCUUUAGUAAAUGACAGGCUGUCUCUCUAGGUAGUGUGAGGUGAGCUAUCAUUAGCUGGAAGGUUCUUUAGGAAAUGACAGGCUGUCUCUCUAGGUAGUGUGAGGUGAGCUAUCAUUAGUUGGAAGGUUCUUUAGUAAAUGACAGGCUGUCUCUCUAGGUAGUGUGAGGUGAGCCAUCAUUAGUUGGAAAGUUCUUUAGGAAAUGACAGGCUGUCUCUCUAGGUAGUGUGAGGUGAGCUAUCAUUAGCUGGAAGGUUCUUUAGGAAAUGACAGGCUGUCUCUCUAGGUAGUGUGAGGUGAGCUAUCAUUAGUUGGAAGGUUCUUUAGUAAAUGACAGGCUGUCUCUCUAGGUAGUGUGAGGUGAGCUAUCAUUAGCUGGAAGGUUCUUUAGUAAAUGACAGGCUGUCUCUCUAGGUAGUGUGGGGUGAGCUAUCAUUAGCUGGAAGGUUCUUUAGUAAAUGACAGGCUGUCUCUCUAGGUAGUGUGAGGUGAGCUAUCAUUAGUUGGAAGGUUCUUUAGUAAAUGACAGGCUGUCUCUCUAGGUAGUGUGAGGUGAGCUAUCAUUAGCUGGAAGGUUCUUUAGUAAAUGACAGGCUGUCUCUCUAGGUCGUGUGGGGUGAGCUAUCAUUAGCUGGAAGGUUCUUUAGUAAAUGACAGGCUGUCUCUCUAGGUAGUGUGGGGUGAGCUAUCAUUAGCUGGAAGGUUCUUUAGUAAAUGACAGGCUGUCUCUCUAGGUAGUGUGAGGUGAGCUAUCAUUAGUUGGAAGGUUCUUUAGUAAAUGACAGGCUGUCUCUCUAGGUAGUGUGAGGUGAGCUAUCAUUAGCUGGAAGGUUCUUUAGUAAAUGACAGGCUGUCUCUCUAGGUCGUGUGGGGUGAGCUAUCAUUAGCUGGAAGGUUCUUUAGUAAAUGACAGGCUGUCUCUCUAGGUAGUGUGAGGUGAGCUAUCAUUAGUUGGAAGGUUCUUUAGUAAAUGACAGGCUGUCUCUCUAGGUAGUGUGAGGUGAGCUAUCAUUAGCUGGAAGGUUCUUUAGUAAAUGACAGGCUGUCUCUCUAGGUCGUGUGGGGUGAGCUAUCAUUAGCUGGAAGGUUCUUUAGUAAAUGACAGGCUGUCUCUCUAGGUAGUGUGAGGUGAGCUAUCAUUAGUUGGAAGGUUCUUUAGUAAAUGACAGGCUGUCUCUCUAGGUAGUGUGAGGUGAGCUAUCAUUAGCUGGAAGGUUCUUUAGUAAAUGACAGGCUGUCUCUCUAGGUAGUGUGAGGUGAGCUAUCAUUAGUUGGAAGGUUCUUUAGUAAAUGACAGGCUGUCUCUCUAGGUAGUGUGAGGUGAGCUAUCAUUAGCUGGAAGGUUCUUUAGUAAAUGACAGGCUGUCUCUCUAGGUAGUGUGAGGUGAGCUAUCAUUAGUUGGAAGGUUCUUUAGUAAAUGACAGGCUGUCUCUCUAGGUAGUGUGAGGUGAGCUAUCAUUAGCUGGAAGGUUCUUUAGUAAAUGACAGGCUGUCUCUCUAGGUAGUGUGAGGUGAGCCAUCAUUAGCUGGAAGGUUCUUUAGUAAAUGACAGGCUGUCUCUCUAGGUAGUGUGAGGUGAGCUAUCAUUAGCUGGAAGGUUCUUUAGUAAAUGACAGGCUGUCUCUCUAGGUAGUGUGAGGUGAGCUAUCAUUAGUUGGAAGGUUCUUUAGUAAAUGACAGGCUGUCUCUCUAGGUAGUGUGAGGUGAGCUAUCAUUAGCUGGAAGGUUCUUUAGUAAAUGACAGGCUGUCUCUCUAGGUCGUGUGGGGUGAGCUAUCAUUAGCUGGAAGGUUGUUUAGUAAAUGACAGGCUGUCUCUCUAGGUAGUGUGGGGUGAGCUAUCAUUAGUUGGAAGGUUGUUUAGUAAAUGACAGGCUGUCUCUAGGUAGUGUGAGGUGAGCUAUCAUUAGUUGGAAGGUUGUUUAGUAAAUGACAGGCUGUCUCUCUAGGUAGUGUGAGGUGAGCCAUCAUUAGUUGGAAGGUUCUUUAGUAAAUGACAGGCUGUCUCUCUAGGUAGUGUGGGGUGAGCUAUCAUUAGCUGGAAGGUUGUUUAGUAAAUGACAGGCUGUCUCUCUAGGUAGUGUGGGGUGAGCUAUCAUUAGCUGCAAGGUUGUUUAGUAAAUGACAGGCUGUCUCUCUAGGUCGUGUGGGGUGAGCUAUCAUUAGCUGGAAGGUUCUUUAGUAAAUGACAGGCUGUCUCUCUAGGUAGUGUGAGGUGAGCCAUCAUUAGUUGGAAGGUUCUUUAGUAAAUGACAGGCUGUCUCUCUAGGUAGUGUGAGGUGAGCUAUCAUUAGUUGGAAGGUUCUUUAGUAAAUGACAGGCUGUCUCUAGGUAGUGUGAGGUGAGCUAUCAUUAGCUGGAAGGUUCUUUAGUAAAUAACAGGCUGUCUCUCUAGGUCGUGUGGGGUGAGCCAUCAUUAGUUGGAAGGUUAUUUAGUAAAUGACAGGCUGUCUCUCUAGGUAGUGUGAGGUGAGCUAUCAUUAGCUGGAAGGUUGUUUAGUAAAUGACAGGCUGUCUCUCUAGGUAGUGUGAGGUGAGCUAUCAUUAGUUGGAAGGUUCUUUAGUAAAUGACAGGCUGUCUCUCUAGGUAGUGUGAGGUGAGCUAUCAUUAGCUGGAAGGUUCUUUAGUAAAUGACAGGCUGUCUCUCUAGGUAGUGUGAGGUGAGCCAUCAUUAGUUGGAAGGUUCCCUAAAUAGUGCACUACUUUUGACCAUAGCCCACAGGGCAGUGCACUAUAUAGGGUGCAGUUUGGGAUGCUGUGUAACGCUGCUAACCCUGUGUGUGUGUGUGUGUGUGUGUGUGUUUGUCUGUGUCUGUGUGUGUGUGUGUGUGUGUGUGUGUGUGUGUGUGUGUGUGUGUGUGUGUGUGUGUACAGGAACAGUGAUAGACUGGGGAAUGGAGUUCUGUACGCAUCAGUCAACCCUGAAUACUUCAGCGCUGCAGAGAGUAAGUACAUGUUGUCUCUGACCAUAUCCCCUGAUGGAGACAGAGAGGAAGUACAUGUUGUCUCUGACCAUAUCCCCUGAUGGAGACAGAGAGGAAGUACAUGUUGUCUCUGACCAUAUCCCCUGAUGGAGACAGAGAGGAAGUACAUGUACACCUCCGGUCAAAAGUAUUAGAACACCUCCUCAUUCCAGGGUUUUUCUUUAUUUUUACUAUUUUCUACAUUAUAGAAUAAUGGUGAAGACAUCAAAACUAUGAAAUAACACAUAUGGAAUCAUGUAGUAACCAAAAAAGUGUUAAACAAAUCAUAUAAUAAUUUUUAUAUUUGAGAUUCUUCAAAUAGCCACCCCUUGCCUUGAUGACAGCUUUGCACUCAGGUUGUGUGGUACUGUGAGUUGUGUAGUGUGUGGUACUGUGAGUUGUGUAGUGUGUGGUACUGUGAGUUGUGUAGUGUGUGGUACUGUGAGUUGUGUAGUGUGUGGUACUGUGAGUUGUGUAGUGUGUGGUACUGUGAGUUGUGUAGUGUGUGAUACCCUUUUCCAUUAACCCCGUCCUCUCCUCCUGUCUCUCCCAGUGUAUGUACCAGAUGAAUGGGAGGUGUUGAGGGAGCAGAUCACUAUGAACAGAGAGCUGGGUCAGGGGUCGUUUGGCAUGGUGUACGAGGGCAUCGCUAAGGGAGUAGUCAAGGGCGAGCCAGAGACGUGCGUGGCCAUUAAGACGGUGAACGAGUCAGCCAGCAUGAGAGAGAGAAUAGAGUUCCUCAAUGAAGCUUCUGUCAUGAAGGAGUUCAACUGUCAUCACGUGGUACGACGCAGGAGAGAUGCACACACACACAACACCACACAACACAGCAGAGAGAUACGUUGCCGUUCAAAAGUUUGGGGUCACUUAGAAAUGUCCUUGUUUUCUAUGAAAACAUACAUGAAAUGGGUUUGAAUAGGAAAUAUAGCAAAAUGCAUAGGAAAUGUAGUGAUUGACAAGGUUAGAAAUAAUGAUUGUGUCCUUCAAACUUUGCUUUCGUCAAAGAAUCCUCCAUUUGCAGCAAUUACAGCCUUGCAGACCUUUGGCAUUCUAGUUGUCAAUUUGUUGAGGUAAUCUGAAGAGAUUUCACCCCAUGCUUCCUGAAGCACCUCCCACAUGUUGGAUUGGCUUGAUGGGCACUUCUUACGUACCAUACGGUCAAGCUGCUCCCACAACAGCUCAAUAGGGUUGAGAUCCGGUGACUGUGCUGGCCACUCCAUUAUAGACAGAAUACCAACUGACUGCUUCUUCCCUAAAUAGUUCUUGCAUAGUUUGGAGCUGUGCUUUGGGUCAUUGUCCUGUUGUAGGAGGAAAUUGGCUCCAAUCAAGCGCCGUCCACAGGGUAUGGCAUGGCGUUGCAAAAUGGAGUGAUAGCCUUCCUUCUUCAAGAUCCCUUUUACCCUGUACAAAUCUCCCACUUUACCACCACCAAAGCACCCCCAGACCAUCACAUUGCCUCCACCAUGCUUGACAGAUGGCAUCAAGCACUCCUCCAGCAUCUUUUCAUUUGGUCUGCGUCUCACAAAUGUUCUCUUUGUCUGAUCCGAACACCUCAAACUUCGAUUCAUCUGUCCAUAACCCUUUUUCCAAUGCUUCUCUGUCCACUGUCUGUGUUCUUUUGCCCAUCUUAAUCUUUUCAUUUAACACGGCCAGUCUGAGAUGUGCUUUUUCUUGCAACUCUGCAGAUCAGCAUCCGAUGCCCUUUCGCUGUUGCUGUGAGACUGUGUUUUGCGGGACUAUAUGAGCUGCCAGUUGAAGAGUCACAGCAUCCUCGGAGUAUGUCCUCUUGCGCUGUGACGUUGAGACUGGUUUUUCGGGUAAAGUUAAUGACACUAUGCAGUCUUUCACCCUCUUUCUAGCUGGUUAGAGCCCGUUCAAGCCAGUUUGCGCUGUUCUGUGAAGGGAGUAGUACACAGCGUUGUACGAGAUCUUCAGUUUCUUGGCAAUUGCUCGCAUGGAAUAGCCUUCAUUUCUCAGAACAAGAAUAGACUGACGAGUUUCAGAAGAAAGUUAUUUGUUUCUGGCCAUUUUGAACCUGUAAUCGAACCCACAAUUGCUGAUGCUCCAGAUACUCAACUAGUCUCAAGAAGGCCAGUUUUAUUGCUUCUUUAAUCAGCACAACAGUUUUCAGCUGUGCUAACAUAAUUGCAAACGUGUUUUCUAAUGAUCAACUAGUCUUUUUAAAUGAUAGACUUGGAUUAGCAAACACAACGUGCCAUUGGAACACAGGACUGAUGGUUGCUGAUAAUGGGCCUCUGUACGCCUAUGUAGAUACUCCAUUAAAAAUCAGCCGUUUCCAGGUACAAUAGCCAUUUACAACAUUAACAAUGUCUACACUGUAUUUCUGAUCAAUUUGAUGUUAUUUUAAUGGCCAAAAAUUUUGCUUUUCUUUCGAAAACAAGGACAUUUCUAAGUGACCCCAAACAUUUGAACGGUAGUGUACAUUGAGACAACAUAAGACGUAAUGUUACCUCAUCUGAGGCUAAAUGUUGACCUAAAACUCCACACACCCUGUCAUGUCUUAUGUUCCUGUGAACAAAUAAGGAGCCCACAAAGUGAUCUCUGACAUCUGUCUGUCAGUUCAGGAUGUGGGCUCUGACCACUGAUGUCAAUUGUGUGCUGUGAUUGGUGCAGGUGCGUCUGCUGGGCGUGGUUUCGCAGGGCCAGCCCACCUUGGUCAUCAUGGAGCUGAUGACUAAAGGAGAUCUGAAGAGCCACCUGAGGUCACUACGGGCUAAAGACGUAAGUUACCUACACCUCACCCUGACCCCUAACCCCUACCCCUAGUCCCUGAGGUCACUACGGGCUAAAGACGUAAGUUACCUACCCCUCACCCUGACCCCUGACCCCUGACCCCUACCCCUAGUCACCUGAGGUCACUACGGGCUAAAGACGUAAGUUACCUACCCCUCAUCCUGACCCCUGACCCCUACCCCUAGUCCCUGAGGUCACUACGGGCUAAAGACGUAAGUUACCUACCCCUCAUCCUGACCCCUACCCCUAGUCCCUGAGGUCACUACGGGCUAAAGACGUAAGUUACCUACCCCUCACCUGACCCCUGACCCUACCCCUAGUCCCUGAGGUCACUACGGGCUAAAGACGUAAGUUACCUACCCCUCAUCCCUGACCCCCCUACCCCUAGUCCCUGAGGUCACUACGGGCUAAAGACGUAAGUUACCUACCCCUCAACCCUGACCCCUGACCCCUACCCCUAGUCCCUGAGGUCACUACGGGCUAAAGACGUAAGUUACCUACCCCUCACCCUGACCCCUGACCCCUACCCCUAGUCCCUGAGGUCACUACGGGCUAAAGACGUAAGUUACCUACCCCUCAUCCUGACCCCUACCCCUACCCCUAGUCCCUGAGGUCACUACGGGCUAAAGACGUAAGUUACCUACCCCUCAUCCUGACCCCUGACUCCUACCCCUAGUCACCUGAGGUCACUACGGGCUAAAGACGUAAGUUACCUACCCCUCACCCUGACCCCUGACCCCUGACCCCUACCCCUAGUCCCUGAGGUCACUACGGGCUAAAGAUGUAAGUUACCUACCCCUAACCCCUCAUCCUGACCCCUGACCCCUACCCCUAGUCACCUGAGGUCACUACGGGCUAAAGACGUAAGUUACCUACCCCUCAUCCUGACCCCUGACCCCUACCCCUAGUCCCUGAGGUCACUACGGGCUAAAGACGUAAGUUACCUACCCCUCAUCCUGACCCCUACCCCUAGUCCCUGAGGUCACUACGGGCUAAAGACGUAAGUUACCUACCCCUAACCCCUCACCCUGACCCCUGACCCCUAGUCCCUGAGGUCACUACGGGCUAAAGACGUAAGUUACCUACCCCUCAUCCUGACCCCUAACCCCUACCCCUAGUCCCUGAGGUCACUACGGGCUAAAGACGUAAGUUACCUACCCCUCAUCCUGACCCCUGACCCCUACCCCUAGUCCCUGAGGUCACUACGGGCUAAAGACGUAAGUUACCUACCCCUCACCCUGACCCCUGACCCCUACCCCUAGUCCCUGAGGUCACUACGGGCUAAAGACGUAAGUUACCUACCCCUCAUCCUGACCCCUGACCCCUACCCCUAGUCCCUGAGGUCACUACGGGCUAAAGACGUAAGUUACCUACCCCUCACCCUGACCCCUGACCCCUACCCCUAGUCCCUGAGGUCACUACGGGCUAAAGACGUAAGUUACCUACCCCUCAUCCCUGACCCCUGACCCCUACCCCUAGUCCCUGAGGUCACUACGGGCUAAAGACGUAAGUUACCUACCCCUCACCCUGACCCCUGACCCCUACCCCUAGUCCCUGAGGUCACUACGGGCUAAAGACGUAAGUUACCUACCCCUCACCCUGACCCCUGACCCCUACCCCUAGUCCCUGAGGUCACUACGGGCUAAAGACGUAAGUUACCUACCCCUCACCCUGACCCCUGACCCCUACCCCUAGUCCCUGAGUCACUACGGCUAAAGACGUAAGUUUACCUACCCCUCAUCCUGACCCCUGACCCCUACCCCUAGUCCCUGAGGUCACUACGGGCUAAAGACGUAAGUUACCUACCCCUCACCCUGACCCCUGACCCCUACCCCUAGUCCCUGAGGUCACUACGGCUAAAGACGUAAGUUACCUAUCCCCUGACCCCUGACCCCUACCCCUAGUCCCUGAGGUCACUACGGGCUAAAGACGUAAGUUACCUACCCCUCACCCUGACCCCUGACCCCUACCCCUAGUCCCUGAGGUCACUACGGGCUAAAGACGUAAGUUACCUACCCCUCAUCCUGACCCCUGACCCCUACCCCUAGUCCCUGAGGUCACUACAGGCUAAAGACGUAAGUUACCUACCCCUAACCCUCACCUGACCCUGACCCCUACCCCUAGUCCCUGAGGUCACUACGGGCUAAAGACGUAAGUUACCUACCCCUCAUCCUGACCCCUGACCCCUACCCCUAGUCACCUGAAGUCACUACGAGCUAAAGACGUAAGUUACCUACCCCUAACCCCUCAUCCUGACCCCUGACCCCUACCCCUAGUCCCUGAGGUCACUACGGGCUAAAGACGUAAGUUUACCUACCCCUCACCCUGACCCCUGACCCCUACCCCUAGUCCCUGAGGUCACUACGGGCUAAAGACGUAAGUUACCUACCCCUAACCCUCACCCUGACCCCUGACCCCUACCCCUAGUCACCCUGAGGUCACUACGGGCUAAAGACGUAAGUUACCUACCCCCUCAUCCUGACCCCUGACCCCUACCCCUAGUCCCUGAAGUCACUACGAGCUAAAGACGUAGUUACCUACCCCUACCCCUCAUCCUGACCCCUAACCCCUACCCCUAGUCCCUGAGGUCACUACGGCCUAAAGACGUAAGUUACCUACCCCUCAUCCUGACCCCUACCCCUAGUCCCUGAGGUCACUACGGGCUAAAGACGUAAGUUACCUACCCCUCACUCCUACCCUGACCCCUACCCCUACCCCUAGUCCCUGAGGUCACUACGGGCUAAAGAGUAAGUUACCUACCCCUCAUCCUGACCCCUGACCCCUACCCCUAGUCCCUGAGGUCACUACGGGCUAAAGACGUAAGUUACCUACCCCUCAUCCCUGACCCCUACCCCUACCCCUAGUCCCUGAGGUCACUACGGGCUAAAGACGUAAGUUACCUACCCCUCACCCUGACCCCUACCCCUAGUCCCUGAGGUCACUACGGGCUAAAGACGUAAGUUACCUACCCCUCACCCUGACCCCUGACCCCUACCCCUAGUCCCUGAGGUCACUACGGGCUAAAGACGUAAGUUACCUACCCUCACCCUGACCCUGACCCCUACCCCUAGUCCCUGAGGUCACUACGGGCUAAAGACGUAAGUUACCUUCCCCUCAUCCUGACCCCUGACCCCUACCCCUAGUCCCUGAGGUCACUACGGGCUAAAGACGUAAGUUACCUUCCCCUCACCCUGACCCCUGACCCCUACCCCUAGUCACCUGAGGUCACUACGGGCUAAAGACGUAAGUUACCUUCCCCUCAUCCUGACCCCUGACCCCUACCCCUAGUCCCUGAGGUCACUACGGGCUAAAGACGUAAGUUACCUACACCUCAUCCUGACCCCUGACUCCUGACCCCUACCCCUAGUCCCUGAGGUCACUACGGGCUAAAGACGUAAGUUACCUACCCCUCACCCUGACCCCUGACCCCUACCCCUAGUCCCUGAGGUCACUACGGGCUAAAGACGUAAGUUACCUUCCCCUCAUCCUGACCCCUACCCCUAGUCCCUGAGGUCACUACGGGCUAAAGACGUAAGUUACCUACACCUCAUCCUGACCCCUGACCCCUACCCCUAGUCACCUGAGGUCACUACGGGCUAAAGACGUAAGUUACCUACACCUCAUCCUGACCCCUGACCCCUACCCCUAGUCCCUGAGGUCACUACGGGCUAAAGACGUAAGUUACCUUACCCCUCACCCUGACCCCUGACCCCUACCCCUAGUCCCUGAGGUCACUACGGGCUAAAGACGUAAGUUACCUUCCCCUCAUCCUGACCCCUGACCCCUACCCCUAGUCCCUGAGGUCACUACGGGCUAAAGACGUAAGUUACCUUCCCCUCACCCUGACCCCUGACCCCUACCCCUAGUCACCUGAGGUCACUACGGGCUAAAGACGUAAGUUACCUUCCCCUCAUCCUGACCCCUGACCCCUACCCUAGUCCCUGAGGUCACUACGGGCUAAAGACGUAAGUUACCUACCCCUCAUCCUGACCCUGACUCCUGACCCCUACCCUAGUCCCUGAGGUCACUACGGGCUAAAGACGUAAGUUACCUACCCCUCACCCUGACCCCUGACCCCUACCCUAGUCCCUGAGGUCACUACGGGCUAAAGACGUAAGUUACCUUCCCUCAUCCUGACCCCUACCCCUAGUCCCUGAGGUCACUACGGGCUAAAGACGUAAGUUACCUACACCUCAUCCUGACCCCUGACCCCUACCCCUAGUCCCUGAGGUCACUACGGGCUAAAGACGUAAGUUACCUUCCCCCUGACCCCUACCCCUAGUCCCUGAGGUCACUACGGGCUAAAGACGUAAGUUACCUUCCCCUCAUCCUGACCCCUACCCCUAGUCCCUGAGGUCACUACGGGCUAAAGACGUAAGUUACCUACCCCUCAUCCUGACCCCUGACUCCUACCCCUAGUCCCUGAGGUCACUACGGGCUAAAGACGUAAGUUACCUACCCCUCACCCUGACCCCUGACCCCUACCCCUAGUCCCUGAGGUCACUAUGGCCUAAAGACGUAAGUUACCUUCCCCUGACCCCUACCCCUAGUCCCUGAGGUCACUACGGGCUAAAGACGUAAGUUACCUUCCCCUCAUCCUGACCCCUGACCCCUAGUCCCUGAGGUCACUACGGGCUAAAGACGUAAGUUACCUACCCCUAACCCCUAACCCCUCAUCCUGACUCCUAACCCCUACCCCUAGUCACCUGAGAUCACUACAAAUCAAAUUGUAUUUGUCACAUGUGCCGAAUACUUACUUGAAAUGCUUACUUACAAGCCCUUAACCAGCAAUGCAGUUCCAUAAAUAUUUACUAAAUAAAUUAAAGUAAAAAAUUAAAUAAAAAGUAACACAAUAAAAUAGCAAUAACGAGGCUAUAUACAGGGGGUACCGGUACAGAGUCAAUUUGCGGAGGUACAGGUUAGUUGAGGUAAUAUGUACAUGUAGGUAGGGGUAAAGUGAUAAUAAACAGCGAGUAGCAGCAGUGUAAAAAUGAAGGGGGGGGGGGUUUCAAUGAAAAUAGUCCAGGUGGCCAUUUGAUGAAUUGUUCAGCGGUCUUAUGGCUUGGGGGUAGAAGCUGUUAAGGAGCCUUUUGGACCUAGACUUGGUGCUCCGGUACCGCUUGCCGUGCGGUAGCAGAGAGAACAGUCUAUGACUUGGGUGACUGGAGUUUUGGAAAAAAAUGUGGGCCUUCCUCUGACACUGCCUAGUAUAUAGGUCCUGGAUGGCAGGAAGCUUGGCCCCAGUGAUGUACUGGGCCGUACACACUACCCUCUGUAGCCCCGUACGGUUGGAUGCCGAGCAGUUGCCAUACCAGGCGGUGAUGCAACCGGUCAGGAUGCUCUCGAUGGUGCAGCUGUAGAGCUUUUUGAGGAUCUGGGGACCCAUGACAAAUCUUUUCAGUCUCCUGAGGGGGAAUAGGCUUUGUCAUGCCCUCUUCACGACUGGUGUGUUUGGACCGUGAUAGUUUGUUGGUGAUGUGGACACCAAGGAACUUGGAACUCUCAACCCGCUCCACUACAGCCCCGUCGAUGUGAAUGGGGGCGUGUUCGGCCCUCCUUUUCCUGUAAUCUACGAUCAUCUCCUUUGUCUUGCUCACGUUGAGGGAGAGGUUGCUGUCCUGACACCACACUGCCAGGUCUCUGACCUCCUCCCUAUAGGCUGUCUCAUCGUUGUCGGUGAUCAGGCCUACCAUUGUUGUGUCAUCAGCAAACUUAAUGAUGGUGUUGGAGUCGUGCUAGGCCACACAGUCAUGGGUGAACAGGGAGUACAUGAGGGGACUAAGCACGCACCCCUGAGGGGCCCCCGUGUUGAGGAUCAGCAUGGCAGAUGUGUUGUUGCCUACCCUUACCACCUGGGGGCGGCCCGUCAGGAAGUCCAGGAUCCAGUUGCAGAGGGAGGUGUUUAGUCCCAAGGUCCUUAGCUUAGUGAUGAGCUUGGAGGGCACUGUGGUGUUGAACGCUGAGCUGUAGUCAAUGAACAGCAUUCACACAUAGGUGUUCCUUUUGUCCAGGUGGGAAAGGGCAGUGUGGAGUGCGAUUGAGAUUGCGUCAUCUUGUGGAUCUGUUGGGGCGGUAUGCGAAUUGGAGUGGGUCUAGGGUUUCCGGGAUGAUGGUGUUGAUGUGAGCCAUGACCAGCCUUUCAAAGCACUUCAUGGCUACCGACAUGAGUGCUACGAGGCGGUAGUCAUUUAGGCAGGUUACCUUCGCUUUCUUGGGCACAGGGACUAUGGUGGUCUGCUUGAAACAUGUAGGUAUUACAGACUCGGUCAGGGAGAGGUUGAAAAUGUCAGUGAAGACACUUGCCAGUUGGUCCGUGCAUGCUCUGAGUACACGUCCUGGUAAUCCGUCUGGCCCGGCGGCCUUGUGAAUGUUGACCAGUUUAAAGGUCUUGCUCACAUCGGCUAUGGAGAGCGUGAUCACAUAGUCAUUCGGAACAGCUGGUGCUCUCAUGCAUGCUUCAAUGUUGCUUGCCUCGAAGCGAGCAUAAAAGGCAUUUAGCCCGUCUGGUAGGCUCGUGUCGCUGGGCAGCUCGCGGCUGGAUUUUCCUUUGAAAUCUGUAAUAGUUUGCAAGUCCUGCCACAUCCGACGAGCAUCAGAGCCGGUGUAGUAGGAUUCAAUCUUAGUUCUGUAUUGACGCUUUGCCUGUUUGAUGGUUCGUCUGAGGGCAUAGUAUGAUUUCUUAUAAGUGUCCGGAUUAGUGUCCAGCUCCUUGAAAGCGGCAGCUCUACCCUUUAGCUCGGUGCAGAUGUUGCCUAUAAUCCAGGGCUUCUGGUUGGGAUAUGUACGUACGGUCGCUGUGGGGACAAUGCACUUAUUGAUGAAGCUGGUGACUGAGGUGAAUCCCGGAACAUAUUCCAGUCUGUGCUAGCAAAACAGUCCUGUAGCGUAGCAUCCGCGUCAUCUGACCACUUCCUUAUUAACCGAGUCACUGGUACUUCCUGCUUUAGUUUUUGCUGUAAGCAGGAAUCAGGAGGAUAGAGUUAUGGUCAGAUUUGCCAAAUGGAGGGCGAGGGAGAGCUUUGUAUGCGUCUCUGUGUGUGGAGUAAAGGUGGUCUAGAGUUUUUUUCCUCUGGUUGCACAUGUGACAUGCUGGUAGAAAUGAGGUAAAACAGAUUUAAGUUUGCCUGCAUUAAAGUCCCCGGCCACUAGGAGCACUGCUUCUGGAUGAGCAUUUUCUUGUUUGCUUAUGGCCUUACACAGCUUGUUGAGUGCGGUCUUAGUGCCAGCAUUGGUUUGUGGUGGUAAAUAAACGGCUACGAAUAAUAUAGAUGAAACUCUCUUGGUAGAUAGUGGGUCUACAGCUUAUCAUGAGGUACUCUACCUCAGGCGAGCAAAAUCUUGAGACUUCCUUAAUAUUAGACACCAGCUGUUAUUGACAAAUAGACACACCCCCCCACCCCUCGUCUUACCAGAUGUAGCGGUUCUGUCCUGCCGAUGCACGGAAAACCCAGCCAACUGAAUAUUAUCCGUGUCGUCGUUCAGCCACGACUCGGUGAAACAUAAGAUGUUACAGUUUUUAAUGUCCCGUUGGUAGGAUAGUCUCGAACGGAGCUCGUCCAGUUUAUUCUCCAGUGAUUGCACGUUGGCCAAUAGGACGGAUGGUAGAGGCGGGUUACCCACUCGCCGACUAAUUAUAUAUCCUUCACAUCGGACUCAUUAAAUAAAUGAUCUUUGUCCAGUUCGAGGUGAGUAAUCAGUGUUCUGAUGUCCAGAAGCUCUUUUCAGUCAUAAGAGACGGUAGCAUCAACUUUAUGUACAAAAUAAGUUACAAACAAUGCAAAAAAACGAACAGAAUUGCACAGUUGGUUAGGAGCCCGUAAAACACACCCUCCGGCACCCUUACGUUACAGGCUAAAGACGUAAGUUACCUAGUUGCCCUACACUACCCCUAACCCCUACCCCCUAACCCUUCAAUACCUCACCCUCUCUCCCUACCUGAACCUUCCUACUCUGUCAUGCUCUUCACCUCCUCUCUCCUCCUCUCUCCUCCUCUCUCCUCCUCCAGCCGUCCCAGUCCUACAGUGCCAACCUCCCUCCUCUGAAGGAGAUUAUUCAGAUGGCUGGGGAGAUAGCUGACGGGAUGUCUUACCUCAACGCUAACAAGUUUGUCCACAGAGACCUGGCCGCUAGGAACUGCAUGGUGGGAGCCGACUACACCGUCAAGAUAGGGGGUACGGAACACACACACACACACAACACACACAACACAUCACACCACACACCACACACACAACACACAACACACAACACACACACACACACACAACACAGAACCAACACAGCCCAACACAAACACACACACACACACACACACACUAGACACAACAGACAACAUACAAACACACAAACACCCAGACCCACACACACACAUCACACCACACAAGACCCACACACACAAUCACACACCACACCCACACACACACACAACCACCACACCGGGCACACCACACACAACAGGAGACACACACAGACCCCCAACACCACCACAAACACACCACACACCACACCUUCAUAAUACCCACACACAUACCAACCACCCCACACACACAACACACACACAUAACACAAACACCACAGAGACACACACACACACACACACACCACACACACAACACACACACAGAGACCACACAGACCAAACACACCAACAACACACACCAAUACACACAAAACACACACACAAAACAACACAACACCACAGACACACACAAACACACAAAGACACACACAAACACACACAAGACACACACACAAACACACACACAAUACACACACAAGACACACACACAUACACACACACACACACACACACACACACAAACACACAAAACACACACACACACACAAAAACACACACCACAAACAACACCCACAAACACACACACACACACACAAAAACCACACACACACACAACACACACAAAACACACACAAACCACACACACACAAAACACACACACACACACAACACACACACACACAAAACACACACCCAGACAUCCUCCUAAAUAAAUACAAUUCAAUUAGACUUGUAAUUUAGCCUAGUAUAUUGAUGUGAACAGCUGUUUCUGCAGAUAAUGACAUUUGAAGCCAUUUUCCCCGUCUUCCCUGUGUGUGUAGAUUUUGGUAUGACCAGAGACAUCUAUGAGACAGACUACUACCGUAAAGGAGGGAAGGGGUUGCUGCCGGUCCGAUGGAUGUCCCCCGAGUCCCUUAAAGACGGAGUGUUCACCACUACCUCUGACGUCUGGUAACUUCACCAUUCAACUAUUCACCUUCUCAUUUCAAUGAGGAUUUAUCCAUUCUGGAGAAUGUCUUUAGUAGUUGACUUCCAGGAGUGACUCCGUUUAAAAGGAAUGGAGCCAAACCAACCCUGUAGAAAAGCCCCCCUCUCUCCCUCUCUCCAUGUGUCCCCCGUUGGGAAGCCAUUUAGCCUGUAGAUGUUUUGAGAGAGAGGGGAACAAGUCCCAGUCCAGCUUCUGUCGGUCUGUUUAAGGCAGAGCUGACCAGUAGGCCUCACUACCGUUUAUAUUAGACUCAAACUGCUCCACCUUUUCCUUCUCAGAAACAGUGUACACUACUAAACCAAAUGACAGUAAACAGAGUGUACACUACUAAACCAGAUGACAGUAAACAGAGUGUACACUACUAAACCAAAUGACAGUAAACAGAGUGUACACUACUAAACCAAAUGACAGUAAACAGAGUGUACACUACUAAACCAAAUGACAGUAAACAGAGUGUACACUACUAAACCAAAUGACAGUAAACAGAGUGUACACUACUAAACCAGAUGACAGUAAACAGAGUGUACACUACUAAACCAAAUGACAGUAAACAGAGUGUACACUACUAAACCAAAUGACAGUAAACAGAGUGUACACUACUAAACCAAAUGACAGUAAACAGAGUACACUACUAAACCAAAUGACAGUAAACAGAGUGUACACUACUAAACCAAAUGACAGUAAACAGAGUGUACACUACUAAACCAAUACAUAACAGUUCACUCUACCAAUGACUACAAUAUCACUUAUCUAUCCUAUGACUAUUAUACUAUGUAUCCUACUAACCGCUGCUAUAACGUCUUACCUACUACACCCUUACUAACAUCCUUCUUCUCUAUAGCUUCUCCUCUCUAUCCUUUCUCCUUACGGCUCUCCUUCACCCUUAUACGGCUCUUCUUCUGCUCUCCUUCCAGCUAUUCAGUCUCUCUACAUCUAUCCCGCCCCCUCUACGCUCUCUCCCUAUAUAACGCUCUUACCUCUAUACGGCCUCCCUUCUGCUCUCCCUCUUCCUCUCCCUUCCCUCCCUCUCUUCCUACAGGCUUAUACCAGGUAUAUCCGGCUCUAUAGGCUAUAUAGACACCGGCUCUAUCAGGCUUGAGACAGCUAGUACAGGCGAUAUACAGCUCUUACGCUUAUACAGGCUAUUACAGGCUCUAUGCAGGACCAUACAGGCAAUCGUGCUACUAUACAGCUUAUGGCUUAUACUGGCCAUACGUAUAUUACAGGCUCUUACAGCCUUACGGCUAUACACAGGCUCAUAAAGGCCUAUACAGACUUAUACAGGCUUAUCACUGCUAUACAGGCUCGAUCAGCUAAUCAUCUAUAUAAAUAAAAUACGCUAUAAAACAGGCUCUAUACAGGCUCUAUACAGCUCUAUACAGGCUCUAUACAGCUUAUCACUAUAUACAGGCUAUAGACAGGCUCUAUACAGGCUAAUACAGGCUAUAUACAGGCUAUAUCAGGCUCAUAUACAGCUCUAUACAGGCUAUAUACAGGCUCUAUACAGCUAUAUACAGUCUAUUAUACAGGCCUAUACAGGCUAUAUACGGCUAUAUACAGGCUCUAUACAGCUAUACAGGCUAUAUACAGGCUCUAUACAGGCUCAUCGUUUAUACAGCUAUAUACAGGCUAUAUACAGGCUCUAUACGCUAUAUACAGGCUAUAUACAGGCUAUACGCUCAUACAGCUAUAUACAGGCUAUAUACAGGCUAUAUCAGGCUCUAUACAGGCUUCGCUAUACGGCUAUAUACAGGCUCUAUACAGGCUCUAUACAGGCUAUAUACAGCUAUCGCUCUAUACAGGCUAUAUACAGGCUACUAACAGGCUAUAUACAGGCUAUAUACAGGCUCUAUACAGGCUAUAUACGGGCUCUAUACAGCUAUAUACAGGCUCUAUACAGGCUAUAUACAGCUAUAUACAGGCUCUAUACAGCUAUAUACAGGCUAUAUACAGGCUCUAUACAGGCUCUAUACAGGCUAUAUACAGGCUCUAUACAGCUAUAUACAGGCUAUAUACAGGCUAUAUACAGGCUAUAUACAGGCUCUAUACAGGCUAUAGACGGCUAUACAGCUUAUCAGGCUAUAUACAGGCUAUAUACAGGCUAUAUACAGGAUAUAAGGCUAUAUUACAAGGCUAUAUACAGCUAUAUACAGGCUAUAUACAGGCUAUAUACAGGCUCUAUACAGGCUCAUACGCUAUACAGGCUAUAUACAGGCUCUAUACAGCUAUAUACAGGUUUAUAACAGGCUAUAGACAGGCUAUAUACAGGCUUAUAUACAGGCUAAUACAGGCUUAUACAGGCUAUAUACAGGCUCUAUACGGCUAUAUACAGGCUCAUACAGGCUAUAUACAGGCUAUAUCGGGCUAUAUACGGGCUACAUACAGGCUACAAGGCUAUAUACAGGCUAUAUCACAUGCUAUAUACGGGCUAUAUACAGGCUUAUACGGGCUCUAUACAGCUAUAUACAGGCUAUUACAGCCUAUACAGCUAUAUACAGGCUAUAAAAAACAGGCUCUAUACAGGCUAUAUACAGGCUAUAUACAGGCUAUAUAAGGCUAUACAGCUAUAUACAGGCUAUAUACAGGCUCUAUACAGGCUAUAGACAGGCUCUAUACAGGCUAUAUACAGGCUAUAUACAGCUAUAUACAGGCUAUAUACAGCUAUAUACAAGCUAUAUACAGCUAUAUACAGGCUAUAUACAGGCUAUAUACAGGCUAUAUACAGGCUCUAUACAGGCUCUAUACAGGCUCUAUACAGGCUAUAUACAGGCUCUAUACAGGCUCUAUACAGGCUAUAUACAGCUCUAUACAGCUAUAUACAGGCUAUAUACAGGCUAUAGACAGGCUCUAUACAGGCUAUAUACAGGCUAUAUACAGGCUCUAUACAGGCUAUUACAGGCUCUAUACAGGCCUAUACAGCUAUAUACAGGCUUAUACAGCUAUAUACAGGCUAUAUACAGGCUAUAUACAGGCUCUAUACGGGCUAUACAGCUAUACAGGCUAUAUACAGCCAAAGGCUAUAUACAGGCUAUAUACAGGCUCUAUACAGGCUAUAACAGGCUCUAUACAGGCUAAUACAGGCUCUAUACAGGCUAUAUACAGCUAUAUACAGCUUAUACAGGCUCUAUACGGCUAUAUACAGGCUAUAUACAGGCUCUAUAUACAGGCUAUAUACAGCUAUAUAAAAGGCUCUAUACAGCUCUAUACAGGCUAUAUACAGGCCUAUACAGGCUCUAUACAGCUAUAUACAGGCUCUAUACAGGCCUAUACACAUAUACGGGCUCUAUACAGGCUAUAUACAGGCCUAUACAGGCUCUAUACAGGCUCUAUACGGGCUAUAUACAGGCCUCCUAUUACAGGCUAUAUACAGGCUCUAUACAGGCUCUAUACAGCUAUUAAGGCUCUAUACAGCUAUAUACAGGCUAUAUACAGCUCUAACAGGCUCUAUACAGGCUAUAUACAGCUAUAUACAGGCUAUAUACAGGCUAUAUACAGGCUUAUACAGCUCUAUACAGGUUUAUAUACAGGCUCUAUACAGCUAUAUACAGGCUAUAUACAGGCUAUAUACGGGCUAUACAGCUCUAUACAGGCUCUAUACAGCAUAUACACUUAUACAGGCUCUAUACAGGCUACCUAUAACGGCUCUAUACAGGCUAUAUACAGCUAUAUACAGCUCUAUACCGGCUCUAUACGGCUAUAUACAGGUUUAUACAGUUAUACAGGCUCUAUACAGGCUAUAUACAGGCUAUUACAGGCUUAUUACAGGCUCUGUAACAGGCUCUAUACAGGCUAUAUAGCUUAUACGAAGGCUUUACGGCUAUUUACGGGCUAUAUACGGGCUCUAUACGGCUCUAUACAGGCUAUUACAGCUUAUACAGGCUCUAUACAGGCUAUAUACAGGCUCUAUACAGGCUCUAUACGGGCUAUUCAGGCCUAUAAGGGCUAUAUACAGGCUUAUACGGCUAUUACGGCUCUACAGGCUUAUAAGGCUAGUUACAGGCUUUACAGGCUCUAUAGCUUAUACAGGCUCUAUACAGGCUUAUACAGGCUAUUACAGCUAUACAGGCUCUAAAGGCUCUAUACAGGCUAUAUACAGCUAUAUCAGGCUAUCUACAGGCUCUGUACAGGCUAUGUACAGGCUCUUACAGGUCUGUACGGUUUCUAUACAGGCUAUCAUCAACAGGCUUAUACGGGCUAUAUACGGCUCUAUACGGGCUCAUACGGGGUCUUACAGGCUAUAUACAGCUUUACGAAGGUAUAUACAGGCUUAGUAGUUCUGUAUUAGGGUGUGUAGGGUUUAGGGUGUUACAGGGUUACGGGUGUAUAGGGUUAGGGUGUAUAGGUUAGGGUGUGUAGGGUUAGGGUGUGUAGGGUUCAGGUUGUAGGUUAUCGUUAUGGUUUAGGUUACGGGUGUUACGGUUUAGGGUGUGUCGUAUUAGGGUUAGUAUGGUUCGGGUUACGGGUAUACGGUAGGUUUCGGUUAGGGUCUUGGGUACGGGUUGCUAUCGGUUUCGGUGUAUCGGGUUUAGGGUGUGUCGGGUUUUGGGUGUUGGGUAGGGUGUGUCGGUUCAGGGUGUGUUAGGGUUGGGUUAUGGUUUGGUGUUGGGAUUGGGUGUGUAGUUCAGGGUGUGUGGGUGUUGGGGGUUGUACGGGUUAUCGGGUGUCUCGGGUUGGUUGGUGGGUUUGUUCUGGUGUUUUGAGUUUCGUGGUUCGGGUUGUCUGGUUGGGUUUCUAGUGUUAGGGUUGUGUAGGUGUUGGUUGUGUAUGUUUUCGGGUUUCUCUUGUCUUUCGGGUGUUCUCGGUUGGUUCUUUUUUGUGUUCGUGUUCGUUCGGGUUUGUUUUUUUGUUUGGUUCGGUGUUCUGUGUUUUUCUGGUUUGGUUUUUGUUCGGUUGUUUUCCGGUUGUCUUUUCGGGUUGGGUUGUCUCGGUGUCUGUGUCGGGUUUUGUCGGUGUCUGGGUUCGGGUGUUUCUUUCGUGUCUCGGGUUUCGGGUGUCUCUUAGGGUGUUCCGGGUUAUCGGGUGUCUCGGUUCGUGUGUCUCUGGUUCGUGUGUGUCUGGGUUUUUUUCGGUGUCUCGGGUUUCGGGUGUUUCGGUUUUUCAUGUUUGUCUUUCGGUUUCGGGUGUCUCUGGUUUCGGUUUCGGGUUCGGUGUGUCGGGUUCGGGUUGUCUCUGUUUGUUGUUUGUCGGUUUUUCGGGUGUUUCUCGGGUUCUGUCGGUUGGCUUUCUUUUCUCGUUCGGGUUGUUUUUUGGGUGUUCUUUUCGGGUUGUCUGGUUCUGGUUCUUGGUUGUGUUUCUGUUUCGGUGUCUCUUUUCUGUUGGUGUCCUCUUCUGUCUUGUUGGUGUGUCCUUUCUGGUUGUCUGGGUUUCUGUUUUCCUUUUCGGGUUCGGGUGUCUCGGGUUCGGGUUUCGGGUGGGUGUGUCGGGUUCUGGGUGUUCGGUUCGGUGUCUGUUUCGGUUUGUUCGGGUGUGUUCGGUUCGGGUGUCCUCUGGUUCGGGUGUUCAGGUUUCGGGUGUGUCGGUUCGGGUGUCCUCGGUUCGGUUUUCUUUCGGUAGUGUGUCGUGUCGGUGUCCGGGUGUUUCUGGGUUCGGUUUUCUGGGUUUCGUUUUAGGGUUGUCGGGGUUUCGGGUGUCUUGUCGGGUUUCGGUGUGGUCGGGUUCGGGUUUUCGGUUCGGGUGUUGUGUUCGGUUUUCUCGGGUCUUGUUUCGUUCGGGUGCUCGGGUUUCGGGUGUCGUUUUCGGGUUUUUUUUCGGUGUGUUGGUUCGGGUGUUCUCGGGUUCGGUUUUGUUCUUGUUCGGUGUGUUCGGUUCGGGUGUCUCUCGGGUUCGGUGUUCGGUUCGGGUUCUUCGUUUUCGGUGUUCUCGGGUUUCGGGUUUCGGGUGUGUCUGGUUCGGGUUGUCUCGUUUGGUGUUUUCGGUUUCGGGUUUGCUGGUUCGGGUUAUUUUCUGAGUUCGGGUUUCGGUUUGGUUUUCUGGUUGGUGUCUCGGGUUCUCUGGUUUUCAGGUGUGUCAUUUUCUGGUUUGUGUUUUCGGGUUUUUCGGUGUGUCGGGUUCGGGUGUUGUGGGGUGUUCUGGUUGUUGUCGGGGUUCGGGUGUUCGGGUUCGGGUGUCUCGGGUUUCGGGUGUGUCGUGUUCUUUUGGUUCGGUUUUCGUUCGGGUGUUUCGGAGUUCGGGUGUGUCGGGUUUGGUGUCUCGGUUUGGUGUUCUGUUUUCGGUUGGGUUUCGGUUCGGGUGUGUCGGUUUUCGGGUUUUGUUCUGUUUCUUGUGUUUCGGUUUGUGUCCUGUGUUCUGGUGUGUCGGUUCUGUUGUUUCGUUUUUCUGUGUGUGGUUCUGGUUUUCGUUUUGUCUUUUCGGUUUUCGUGUUUCGGGUUUUGUUGGUUCUGUUUCUUUGUUUGUGUCGGGUUCGGGUGAUGUCCGGGUUCGUGUGUAUAGUGUUUAUGGGUGUAAUAAGGGUUAGGGUGUGUAGGGUUAGGGUGUGUGUCAGCCAGAAGAGGACUGGGCACCCCUCAUAGCCUGGUUCCUCUCUAGGUUUCUUCCUAGGUUUUGGCCUUUCUAGGGAGUUUUUCCUAGCCACCGUGCUUCUACACCUGCAUUACUAGCUGUUUGGGGUUUUAGGCUGGGUUUCUGUACAGCACUUCGAGAUAUUAGCUGAUGUACGAAGGGCUAUAUAAAAUAAAAUUGAUUGAAAUUGAUUGUAACCCUGUCUCCUCUCUCUCUCUCUGCAGGUCUUUUGGGGUGGUGUUAUGGGAGAUGGCCACGCUAGCAGAGCAGCCCUACCAGGGGAUGUCUAAUGAGCAGGUGUUGCACUUCGUUAUGGAGGGAGGACUACUAGACAAACCAGACAACUGCCCUGACAUGCUGUGAGUCACACCUAACCCUAACCCUAACCCCUAACCCUAACCCUAACCCUAACCCCUAACCCUAACCCUAACCCUUCGUUAUGGAGGGAGGACUACUAGACAAACCAGACAACUGCCCCGACAUGCUGUGAGUCACUCCUAACCCUAACCCUAACCCCUAACCCUAACCCUAUCCCUAACCCUAACCCUAACCCAACUGCCCCGACAUGCUGUGAGUCACACCUAACCCUAACCCUAACCCUAACCCCUAACCCUAACCCUUCGUUAUGGAGGGAGGACUACUAGACAAACCAGACAACUGCCCUGACAUGCUGUGAGUCACACCUAACCCUAACCCUAACCCUAACCCCUAACCCUAACCCUUCGUUAUGGAGGGAGGACUACUAGACAAACCAGACAACUGCCCCGACAUGCUGUGAGUCACUCCUAACCCUAACCCCUAACCCUAACCCUAUCCCUAACCCUAACCCUAACCCAACUGCCCCGACAUGCUGUGAGUCACACCUAACCCUAACCCUAACCCUAACCCCUAACCCUAACCCUUCGUUAUGGAGGGAGGACUACUAGACAAACCAGACAACUGCCCUGACAUGCUGUGAGUCACACCUAACCCUAACCCUAACCCUAACCCCUAACCCUAACCCUUCGUUAUGGAGGGAGGACUACUAGACAAACCAGACAACUGCCCCGACAUGCUGUGAGUCACACCUAACCCUAACCCUAACCCUAACCCCUAACCCUAACCCUAACCCUUCGUUAUGGAGGGAGGACUACUAGACAAACCAGACAACUGCCCCGACAUGCUGUGAGUCACACCUAACCCUAACCCUAACCCCUAACCCUAACCCCUAUCCCUAACCCUAACCCUUUCCACUAGCCGCUAAUAGCCGGCAUGCUGUGAGUCACUCACACACACCAGGGUUUCCACUAGCCGCUAAUAGCCUAACCCUAACCCUAACCCACACCAGGGUUUCCACUAGCCGCUAAUAGCCUAACCCUAACCCUAACCCUAACCCACACCAGGGUUUCCACUAGCCGCUAAUAGCCUAACCCUAACCCUAACCCACACCAGGCUUUCCACUAGCCGCUAAUAGCCGGCUUUUGACCCCAACAAAUUUGAAAAGCCGAUAAAUAAAAUUGAAGACAAAAUAGAGAAAUAAUUCUUUUUUAGCCUGUUAAUUGAUGGCAAUACCAGUUGAUGUAAAUAUAUUUAACUGGUCAUGCCUAUCGGUCUAUAGGUUCAUUUGCAUAAUUUAGUGGAAUUAAAUUGGCGCGUGUGGACAGUAUAUUAGUAUACUGUAUUGUGGAGUAUACUGCCGUCUAUUGACCGGAGGCUGUAAUGUGGAGUAUACUGCCAUCUAUUGACCAGAGGCUGUAAUGUGGAGUAUACUGCCAUCUAUUGACUGGAGGCUGUAAUGUGGAGUAUACUGCCGUCUAUUGACUGGAGGCUGUAAUGUGGAGUAUACUGCCGUCUAUUGACUGGAGGCUGUAAUGUGGAGUAUACUGCCGUCUAUUGACUGGAGGCUGUAAUGUGGAGUAUACUGCCGUCUAUUGACUGGAGGCUGUAAUGUGGAGUAUACUGCCGUCUAUUGACUGGAGGCUGUAAUGUGGAGUAUACUGCCGUCUAUUGACUGGAGGCUGUAAUGUGGAGUAUACUGCCGUCUAUUGACUGGAGGCUGUAAUGUGGAGUAUACUGCCGUCUAUUGACUGGAGGCUGUAAUGUGGAGUAUACUGCCGUCUAUUGACUGGAGGCUGUAAUGUGGAGUAUACUGCCGUCUAUUGACUGGAGGCUGUAAUGUGGAGUAUACUGCCGUCUAUUGACUGGAGGCUGUAAUGUGGAGUAUACUGCCGUCUAUUGACUGGAGGCUGUAAUGUGGAGUAUACUGCCGUCUAUUGACUGGAGGCUGUAAUGUGGAGUAUACUGCCGUCUAUUGACUGGAGGCUGUAAUGUGGAGUAUACUGCCGUCUAUUGACUGGAGGCUGUAAUGUGGAGUAUACUGCCGUCUAUUGACUGGAGGCUGUAAUGUGGAGUAUACUGCCGUCUAUUGACUGGAGGCUGUAAUGUGGAGUAUACUGCCGUCUAUUGACUGGAGGCUGUAAUGUGGAGUAUACUGCCGUCUAUUGACUGGAGGCUGUAAUGUGGAGUAUACUGCCGUCUAUUGACUGGAGGCUGUAAUGUGGAGUAUACUGCCGUCUAUUGACCGGAGGCUGUAUUGUGGAGUAUACUGCCGUCUAUUGACCGGAGGCUGUAAUGUGGAGUAUACUGCCGUCUAUUGACCGGAGGCUGUAAUGUGGAGUAUACUGCCGUCUAUUGACCGGAGGCUGUAAUGUGGAGUAUACUGCCGUCUAUUGACUGGAGGCUGUAAUGUGGAGUAUACUGCCGUCUAUUGACUGGAGGCUGUAAUGUGGAGUAUACUGCCGUCUAUUGACUGGAGGCUGUAAUGUGGAGUAUACUGCCGUCUAUUGACUGGAGGCUGUAAUGUGGAGUAUACUGCCGUCUAUUGACUGGAGGCUGUAAUGUGGAGUAUACUGCCGUCUAUUGACUGGAGGCUGUAUUGUGGAGUAUACUGCCGUCUAUUGACUGGAGGCUGUAAUGUGGAGUAUACUGCCGUCUAUUGACUGGAGGCUGUAAUGUGGAGUAUACUGCCGUCUAUUGACUGGAGGCUGUAAUGUGGAGUAUACUGCCGUCUAUUGACCGGAGGCUGUAAUGUGGAGUAUACUGCCAUCUAUUGACCAGAGGCUGUAAUGUGGAGUAUACUGCCGUCUAUUGACUGGAGGCUGUAAUGUGGAGUAUACUGCCGUCUAUUGACUGGAGGCUGUAUUGUGGAGUAUACUGCCAUCUAUUGACUGGAGGCUGUAAUGUGGAGUAUACUGCCGUCUAUUGACCGGAGGCUGUAUUGUGGAGUAUACUGCCGUCUAUUGACCGGAGGCUGUAAUGUGGAGUAUACUGCCAUCUAUUGACCAGAGGCUGUAAUGUGGAGUAUACUGCCAUCUAUUGACUGGAGGCUGUAAUGUGGAGUAUACUGCCGUCUAUUGACUGGAGGCUGUAUUGUGGAGUAUACUGCCGUCUAUUGACUGGAGGCUGUAAUGUGGAGUAUACUGCCGUCUAUUGACUGGAGGCUGUAAUGUGGAGUAUACUGCCAUCUAUUGACCAGAGGCUGUAAUGUGGAGUAUACUGCCAUCUAUUGACUGGAGGCUGUAAUGUGGAGUAUACUGCCGUCUAUUGACUGGAGGCUGGAAUGUGGAGUAUACUGCCGUCUAUUGACUGGAGGCUGGAAUGUGGAGUAUACUGCCGUCUAUUGACCGGAGGCUGUAAUGUGGAGUAUACUGCCGUCUAUUGACUGGAGGCUGUAAUGUGGAGUAUACUGCCGUCUAUUGACUGGAGGCUGUAAUGUGGAGUAUACUGCCGUCUAUUGACUGGAGGCUGUAAUGUGGAGUAUACUGCCGUCUAUUGACUGGAGGCUGUAAUGUGGAGUAUACUGCCGUCUAUUGACUGGAGGCUGUAAUGUGGAGUAUACUGCCAUCUAUUGACCAGAGGGGGAAAUACAACAUCACCAUAAAUGCUUCACAAACAACCCUGUCUGGAAAACAAGUAUUACUGUACACACACACACACACACACACACACACACACACACACACACACACUUAUAGAUAUGGAACGUAAACUGUUAAUUAAAUAUUGGUGUUUGAAUUGAAAGGACAACUGCUACCCACAAACACUACUAAGAUGAUAUCUAACUUAUCUCUCUCUCCUACCAGGUUUGAGUUAAUGCGUAUGUGUUGGCAGUACAACCCUAAGAUGCGUCCAUCGUUCCUGGAGAUAAUUAACAGCAUCAAGGAGGAGCUGGAGCCACCGUUCAGAGAGAUGAGUUUCUUUUACAGCCAAGAGAACAAGCUUCCAGACCCAGAGGAGUUGGACAUGGAGGUAGAGAACAUGAAGAAUGUUCCUUUAGGCCCAGCUGCCUCCUCACGACCCCCCAUCCCCUGCCCCCCCACCACCUCCGGGUCCGCCCCGCCCAACCAGCCCCCUCCUUCCCCCUCCCAACAGACACCAGCCUCCACGGCCCCCGCCGGUCCAUUAACGCUGGGCUCCAGCCCCACUUCAGCCCCCUCCUCUGGGCAGGUCCAGCCCCAGGCUCCCUCGUCCCCCUGCUCCCCAGGGGCCCCUGGCCCCUCCUCGGCCCAGAGCUCAGGGGCCUCAGGACAGGUUGCGUCCAACGGCCCCGAGGCGGUCGCCCAGGUCCUGCUGCGACCAGCCUUCACUGACACACCGCCCUACGCACACAUGAACGGAGUGAGGAAGAAGGAAUGUGCCAUGCCCCUCCCACAGUCCUCGGCCUGCUGAUCCUAGCAGACCACUCCCAUCCUCCCUCUCUUCUCAACAGAGCUUGGUGGACUCCUCUGUAGUGGACUCCUCUUGAGUGGACUCCUCUGGAGUGGACUCCUCUGGAGUGGACCUGGAGUGGACUCCUCUGUAGUGGACUCCUCUGUAGUGGACUCCUCUGGAGUGGACUCCUCUGGAGUGGACUCCUCUGUAGUGGACUCCUCUGUAGUGGACCUGGAGUGGACUCCUCUGUAGUGGACUCCUCUGUAGUGGACUCCUCUGGAGUGGACUCCUCUGGAGUGGACUCCUCUGUAGUGGACUCCUCUGGAGUGGACUCCUCUGGAGUGGACUCCUCUGUAGUGGACUCCUCUGGAGUGGACUCCUCUGGAGUGGACUCCUCUGUAGUGGACUCCUCUGGAGUGGACUCCUCUGGAGUGGACCUGGAGUGGACUCCUCUGUAGUGGACUCCUCUGUAGUGGACUCCUCUGGAGUGGACUCCUCUGUAGUGGACUCCUCUGGAGUGGACUCCUCUGUAGUGGACUCCUCUGGAGUGGACUCCUCUGUAGUGGACUCCUCUGGAGUGGACUCCUCUGUAGUGGACUCCUCUGGAGUGGACUCCUCUACUUUUUCAUACUUUUAUUGUAUCUAG